UUGAGUUACUCUCCAACUCGCACAAAAGGAGUCAGGGAGGGAAUGUAAAUUGCCAUCUUGCUUUCACCUUUCAAUGUCUCUUUCUCGACUAACCUCAAUAGCUCUUCCUCUUUCACUCCGAGCAACUCCAGCCAUUUCAAUCUUCUUCUUCUCCACUUCAUGUGCUCGUAAACCCAUUUUCUCAUACCCUUCCAUUGAUCCACCACUUCCUAAAAAAACCCAUUUCAAAGUUACAGCUCAUGGCCGCACUUGGGAUGAUCCUUUCCAUUGGAUGUCUAACAUUAAUGAUCCAGAUUUUGUCUCAUAUCUCAAUCAAGAGAAUUCUUAUGCUGAAACAUUCAUGGCUGAUACUAGGAAUUUACAAAGAGAGCUUUUCUUGGAGAUGAAUAGUCGCAUUCCUUCUAAGAUUUCAACUCCUCCUGAACGUUGGGGACCUUGGCUCUACUACCAAUACAUUCCCGAAGGGAAAGAAUACCCUAUUUUAUGUAGAAGAUUGGAGGCAGAGAAACCUAGUGGUUUAGGAAAAUUUUUUGGUCGCAUUAAAAGAGGAUUCACAAAGGAAGUCAUUUUGCUUGAUUGGAACGAGAUCGCAGAGAAAUAUGGUUAUGUCCAUGUGGGUGCAUGUCGGGUCUCACCUGACCACAAUUUUCUGGCAUAUACACUUGAUGUAACUGGGUCUGAGCGAUUCACCCUUCAGAUCAAAGACUUGAGGGAUGGCCAUUUUAUUUCUAGUGUUAAAUCUGAUGCAAUUGUUAGCUUAGCAUGGGCUCGAGAUGGUUCAUCAUUGUUCUAUACUGUUACUGAUGAUAAUCAGAGGCCAUACAAGGUACUUUGCACAGAACUAGGUUCAGAUAUAGACAAAGUAGUAUUCACAGAGGAUGAUUCUCGGUUUUGUGUGGAUAUCACUUGUACAAAAGAUGGAAAGUUUGUUACAAUAAACUCUAACUCAAGGUCUUCAUCAGAGGUCUAUAUCAUUGAUGCGGCCUAUCCCUUUGAUAGUCUCCGGAGAGUACAUAAGCGUGUUGAUGGUGUGCAGUAUUUUUUAGAACACCAUCACGAUUUCUUCUAUGUUCUUACAAAUCACCCUUGUGAUGAGAUUGAAAAGCUGCAUUGUGGAAACCUUUAUCUGGGCAUUUGCAGAGUUGAGGAUAUAAAUACAACUAAUUGGCAGAAAAUUAUACUACCAAAAAAAGGAACCAGCUUGCGGGAUAUGGACAUUUUUGAUAAACAUUUGGUCCUCCUCCUCGAUAAAGAGGGUUCCUCUAUGAUGUGUUCAGUCAAACUUCCUAUUGAUGUCAAUUGCAAGCACAUCAUAGGGAUUGAAGAUCUAAAUCCUUGGACAUUUCCCGUGCCUUUCGAGUGGUGCGAGAUGGCCCCUGGGUCAAACCAUGAUUACGUUGACUCAACAUAUCGAGUGAUUCUUUCCUCUCCUGUGAUGCCUGAUUUAGUUGUUGACUAUAACAUGUCUACGCAUGAGUUUUCUGUUGUUCACCAAGAAGAGGUUUUGUGUGCUACUGAUGGCGCGUAUACUGAUUCAUCAAACUUGGUUUCUGAUGAUAAACUAUUAUCAAAAAUUAGAAAUGAUAAUUGCAAACUAGAGGUGCGACAAUUACAGAACUGGAAAGAAUUUUCGUCGAAAUAUGCUUGUGUAAGGCAUCAGAUCAUAUCCCAUGAUGGUACUGAGAUUCCUUUAACUGUAGUAUUCUCUAGAUAUGCACAUCACAAGGGACAGUCCCCUGGAAUUCUUGAAGCAUAUGGUGCAUAUGGAGAAGUUUUAGAUAAAAGCUGGUCCUCAGAUCGCCUCAGUUUACUUGAUCGUGGAUGGGUAGUAGCAUUUGCUGAUGUGAGGGGCGGAGGCGGUAAUUAUCCUUCCUGGCAUGAAAUGGGGAGUGGACCUAAUAAGAUCAAUUCUAUAUACGAUCUUAUCUCAUGUGGCAAGUAUCUGGUUGACGAGGGCUAUGCUAAAAACGGUAGGCUUGCUGCCAUUGGGUCUAGUGCAGGGUCUCUGUCUGUGGGUGCAGCUAUCAAUUUUCAUCCUGAUCUCUUUCGUGCUGUUAUUCUCAAGGUUCCCUUCCUUGAUAUAUGCAACACAUUGAUGGAUGACACCUUGCCUUUAACUAAAUUGGACUAUGAUGAAUUCGGGAACCCUAAAAUAGAAACCGAGUUCAAGAGUAUUAUGCAAUACUCUCCUUAUGACAACGUAAAUCAUGGACUUUGCUAUCCUUCAAUGCUUGUCACCGCAGCAUUCAACGACCCAAGGGUUGGAGUAUGGGAAGCAGCAAAAUGGGUUGCUAAAAUACGAGAAAAAACAUGUGCAGAUUGUUCUCGUGCUGUUAUCUUAAAGACGGAAAUGAACGGAGGACAUUUUGGUGAAGGUGGCCGUUAUGGCCAGUCCGAGGAAAGGGCUUGUGAAUAUGCCUUUCUUAUGAAGGUCAUGGGGCUGUUUGAUAGCUCAAAAUCAUAGGCUCUAAGUGUAUCUAUCCUUUUGAACUUGUAUUUGCUUUUGUGCUGUAAUGUAUUUCUGAAACUCAACAGUGCUUAUGGAGAAUCAAGUUAUGCAGUAUUUGAAGCAUAUUUUAUGUAUCUAUUUCUUUGGAGACACAUAGGGUGCAAUGGGAUCCUUAAACACCUUUGGAAGACACACUCGACAGACGACAAAAACCUUGAAUUUAAAACACCUCAGGUCGUCCUAAGAACCCUUUUAAAUAUAGACAAAAUGGUAAAACGUGCAUUUUCCACCACAUUUUCCAUUAAUAAAAAAAGUCAUUUUGGAAAUUAAACUGUUACAAACUCAAUAUUUGUUGUUUAACCUUCUUGUGUAGUUCAAAUACUCCAAGUUUGUUCCAUAUAUAUUUGGUGGGAAACCAAGAACAUAGAAAACAAAAAAAUACGUAUUAUGUAGAUGAAAGUUUAAGAAAUCGAGUUAAAAAUAAAAAAUGGAGUA